AUAUUGGGUAAAAUCUUCGCCGUGAUAUGAGAAACGAAAAAAGUAUUUAUCAAUUAUCGUGGGAACAAUAUUCAUUAUAAUGAAUUUUGCAAGACCUACACCAUCAAAGUCACCAACGCCUGCCAAAAAUGUGCGUCAACUUGGAAUGCCUGUGCGAGGACCACCAAAAGUCUCUCCUUCAAUGUUGUAUUCAUACUCGGACACGUUUGAUGAUCCCCUGUCUCCAAGGGUUGUUCAAUACUCGGAUACAUUUGAAGACACUGCUCCAACAAAGACAAAACUAUAUUCUGACACGUUUGAGAGUGAAGGGACUGAUGAUUCAUACAGUGACACAUUUGUGGAGGGCACACUAGCAACAGAGCAGGUUGAGACUCGUUUGUCAGAAUAUUCCAAUUCACAAACUCUUCAACACGAUUCCAGACCAUAUUCUUACACUGACACUUUUGACUCUACUAGCAGUCCUCUGCGUGGGUCGACCUCAUACACAGGUACACACACAGACAGAGCUAGUGGGCAGUCUGGUGAUGGGUACACCCGAUAUGAGUCGAUGGACUCAAAAAUUCAUCAUAGUGAAGAUACUUACAGUGAGCCAACCUUCACUAGACAAGUGGAAACAGAUGAGGAAACUUAUUCAGAGAGACAGUCCAGUGGCUCUGAUGACGACAUGACAUUGGAUAAUGACAGUUAUGACUACAGUUACACAUUCGAGGAGGCUGACACCACAAAAACAGAGGACCCGGAAAAAGUAAGAAAAGAGGCUGAGCUUCUGAAACUCACAGAAGAAGCGAAGACAAGCUUUGCAGCAGACAUGCUGUCCCAGUUGAGACAAAAACGCAUUAGACAAACAGACCUUUCAUCUUUACUGGCUGAAGGAAGCACAGACAAAGAAAAGGAUAUUGACUGGCAUACCUCUAGGUACAUCAAAAAGAAACUGCGCUUACUAAAGCAGAAAAAUUCAGCCACAGGUGUGAAAAAUGUUGGAAAGUCUAGACAGAAGUCAUCUGGAGACAAGACAUUGUUGGCGAAGGAAAGGGGACAAGUGGUACAAGACUGUGGCAUUGAUCCAGCUCUCCUGGACAGACUUAAACUAAAAAACUUCAUAAAGAGAAUGGAAAUGGCUGCCAAAGAAGACAUACAUGACCCCAGGAAAUGUAAGGAAUGCAGAAAUCAUCAGCUGAAAAUAGAUGCUGCUGCAGCCCAGAGAAACUUUGUGCGUGAGAAGACACGAUAUAUUAGACAGGAGAUAAUUGAAGACAGAAUCCAGUCACAUCUUAUACAGAUGGGCUCCUUGUCAUUGAUUGGGGAAUUGGCGAGAUCUCUACCAAAGGCCACACAAGAUCCUGAAGACGUUUUGGAGCAAAUGAAUAAGGGGCUCAUGUUAUCAAAAUCCAUUUCAAAAACAAGACAAUGUGAUGUUUUCAAUUAAUAUCGAAAUUUAAA